UUUAGUCGCGUGCCGAGACGCCGUGAAACAAGAACGUUUCUGUCGAGUUGUCGUACAAUCUCGUCAACCUCCAAAACGAUUCCAACACUCAAAGUGCUACAAACCUCAGUGCUUCAUAAAAAUUUUCAAAAAUUGUGCCUUUCUGUGAUAUAAAAAAUCCUUGAUGAAGUGUCGAGCGAUAAGCGUAUAUUUAUGAGUGGAUUAUUAAACGAAUGUUUAAAGUUUGAUAUUUAAAGGUGUCUGUGAUAUGGGUGUUUAUCGAAUCAGAUCUUGUGACAUGUUCACAUUUUGUAAUCGAGCGGCUCUCUAGAGCGGAACUGUUUUAUAUGCAAGACUUCUUAAUGGAGAGCUUCUCCCCUACAGGGACUCUAAAUCGUGCUUAAGAUCGAAACCUGCUUCGGCCUUUCAAAUAAAAACACGAGAUUGAAAUUUCUUAAUCGAUCAGAAGAGCCUCUCAAAUCGAACUUGAACUUUCAGAAACCUGCUUGGGAAUUUACGGCUUCUUUGAUCGGAAAUUUCAGAUCAACAGGAAGAUACUUGGAGCUGCAUUCUUGAAAUGGGAUACGUGGACUGUUAAUUAAUUUAAGUUCAAGAAGUCUACGAGUCGGAAGGAGAAAUUCAGGAAUCUACAUCUGAGUAGAGCUUCAUUUUGUACUGAAAAAAUAUUGAUCAGGAAGUCUGUUCUGCAUGUUACCUGCUAAAUGAACUGGAACUGAGUGAAGUGGAACAUCCAAGUUUUCGAAGAAGUUCUAGAUACGAUCAGAGUCUUGAAAUUCACGGACCACUUCUCUGAACAGCCAUAACGAUAUCACUUGUCUGAGCAACAUAGUCUUUGUAACAUAUCAGUAUUUGUAGACAACUACUUAUUGUUCAAGUUUGGUUCAGAAGUUUAUAUUGCUACGUCCAUAUAUCUGAGCAAGUACUAGUGUUUGAAUCAUAUCCACAUAUUUGGGCAAGUUUAUAUUGGUUAGAGUACAUAGACAUAUCUGAGCAAGUUUAUAUUGCUUAGAGUAUAUCCACAUAUCUGAGCAAGUAUAUAGUGUUCAAGUUGCAUCCACAUCUGUGGACAAGUAUAUAUUGCUUAGACUACAUCCACAUGUCUGAGCAAGUUUAUAUUGCUUAGACCACAUCCACAUAUCUGAGCAAGUACAUAGUGUUCAAGUCAUAUUCACAUCUGUGGACAAGUAUAUAUUGCUUAGACUACAUCCACAUGUCUGAGCAAGUUUAUAUUGCUUAGACCACAUCCACAUAUCUGAGCAAGUACCUAGUGUUCAAGUUGUAUCCACAUCUCUGGACAAGUACAUACUGUUCAUACCACGUCCACAUCUCUGGACAAGUGCAUACUGUUCAGACUAUAUAAACAAGUACAUAUUAUUUAGACCACAUCCACAUCUCUGAACAGCUACAUACUAUUCAAACUAUAUCCACAUCUCUGAUUAGCUACAUACUGUUCAAGCUGCAUCCACAUCUUUGGAGAGCUAACUACUGUUCAGCCUACCUCCACAUCUCUGAACAGCUACAUACUGUUCAUACUGAAUCCACAUCUUUGGAUAGCUACCUACUGUCCAGCCUACCUCCACAACUCUGAACAAGCUACAUACUGUUCAAACUGCAUACACAUCUUUGGACAGCCUCAUACUGACCACCCUACCUCCACAUCUCUGAACAAGUACAUUCAGACCACAUCCACAUCUUUGAUUUACAUGCUGUCCAGGUCAAAUCACAUUUCUGAGGACCUGCAACAAAGUGUAUCAAAUACCUAACUUCUGAAGUUGUUCAGCAGCACUGAAUCAGCAAAAAUCCAAUAGGAAAUCCAUUUGAAUCAUCAAAUGCACAUCUGUGGACAAUCUGAACACCCCUGGAUUGUUGUCCAAAAUAGUCUACAGUAUUGAACCAUAUCAAAUUGUUGCUCUAAACUGUUGUUCUUGACUAUUAUUGCUCUUAAAUCGUAUUCCCAGAAAUAAGACGUCCAGUGUCAUCAAGAAUGAGAGAGGAACAAUGGUCGCGUGAUCGUCGCUCGCGGCACGUAAGCUGCGGUAUCCGCGUGUCGGCUCGUAUUCGAGGCGGGAAAAGGUGAUUAACGAUUCGUGGCACGUGGGAAUUCGUGUACGACCGAUGUUUGUCGGUCCGUGUGUUUCGACGAACGCGUGGUUUCGCAUGGAAACGAGUCCUGUCGAGAAAAAAUUGACUGAAAAACCGAAACGUAAACGAAACUGUGCGCGCGUAUGCACGCUCCUUGACACGGUGGUAAUAUUAGUUAGUUGGUGACCUUCCAAAUAGCGAGUAUUUGUAAACUGCCACUGAACUGGCUACAGGAGGUUGACUCGAGCGAGGUGAACGUUACCCGGUGAACAUUUUGUUUGAGUUUCUGGAUUUACGUUCGCUGUCAUGGCACCUGCCGUCACUCUGGACUGGUCAGAGCCACGCCAGCAUUGGCGUUACCCGAAACUCUGCCCGGCCGGGCAGCAGAAACACGAGAGGGCCAAGAGCGCCAUGGAACUCAGCAGUAAAGAGGCGAACACCGCGUACAAAAAGUUUUGCAAGUUCGUCAGACGACUGAGGAGCAAGAAACAUAGAGAUGGCAACAAAGUCACAACAGUGGUGGCUACACCCGGUGCUGGCCCAGACCGCCCCCAAGAAAUUUCCUAUACAGACACUAAAGUAAUCGGUAAUGGAAGUUUUGGUGUCGUGUACCUAGCAAAACUAUGUGACACGGAAGAACUUGUCGCCAUCAAGAAAGUUCUCCAAGACAAACGAUUUAAGAAUAGAGAAUUACAAAUAAUGCGACGUCUGGAGCACUGCAACAUCGUGAAACUGAAAUACUUCUUUUAUUCCAGCGGUGAUAAGAACAUCUUAAACGCGACUAAUCCAGUAUUUCACGUGGACAAGGACGAGGUUUAUCUGAACCUAGUGUUGGAGUACAUACCCGAGACCGUGUACAAAGUCGCUCGGCAUUAUAACAAAAACAAGCAGACCAUACCGAUCAAUUUCAUCAAGUUGUACAUGUACCAACUGUUCCGCUCUCUGGCAUACAUCCACUCGUUGGGUAUCUGCCACAGGGACAUCAAACCACAGAAUCUACUGUUGGAUCCAGAAUCUGGUGUCCUGAAGCUCUGUGAUUUUGGUUCGGCCAAGCAUCUGGUCAAAGGCGAACCCAAUGUGUCUUACAUUUGCAGUCGUUACUAUCGUGCGCCUGAGCUCAUCUUUGGUGCCAUUGAUUACACCACAAAAAUUGACGUAUGGAGCGCAGGUUGCGUGGUGGCAGAAUUACUGCUUGGUCAACCGAUUUUCCCCGGGGACAGUGGCGUGGAUCAGUUAGUGGAAAUCAUCAAGGUCCUCGGCACACCAACCCGCGACCAGAUACGCGAGAUGAACCCCAACUACACAGAAUUCAAGUUCCCACAAAUUAAGGCGCAUCCGUGGCAAAAGGUGUUCAGGGCACGCACGCCUCCAGAAGCGAUGGAGCUGGUGGCAGGUCUUCUGGAAUACACGCCGUCCGGACGGAUCACACCGUUGGAAGCGUGUGCCCAUCCGUUCUUCGACGAGCUGCGAGAGCAGGGCACCCGGUUGCCCACCGGGCGAGAUCUUCCUCCGUUGUUUAACUUUACAGAAUACGAGCUGCGAAUUCAGCCGUCGUUGAACUCGAUCCUAAAGCCGAAGUACAUGCAGACUUCGGAGAAUCCUGGAGGCCAGUCGGAACCGGUCGCGGGGUGUAGCGGUAACUCUAGUGAUAAUAACUUUUUUCUAGUUGAGAAGAUGAUGUGUAAUCUACACUGUGUCUAUAGUAGCGCGUCAACGUCGCUUGCGUCGUCAUUUUCAUCAUCGAAUACCCACACCGCGCGAUCAAAAGAGAUGAAGCCAGCUUGACACGGGUGACCGACCGAGGAGAACAGGCUCGCAAGAACGUUUCAUUUGGCCAGUCAAAAAAAAAUAAUUGGAAACUCGUCGUUUACAGAUUGUGUGUACAACGUAGAAUGACAAUUAUUUGGCUCGGUCCGUGUUUCGUUCGAACUAUCUGUACACGAAACACGCGUCGUGUAAUAUUUUUAUUGUGUUCAAGAGGGACGAAGGUAGCAAACGCGUUCAUUCAUCUUUACAAGAUGAAAAGGAGAGGACACGCACGUUUCACGAGGAGAAUCUCAAUCGGACACUCGAGUGCAACGUAGACUUCCUUUGGAUUAGGGAUUUCGAAGUUUAGUCAAAUCUGUUUUGGAACUUUGUAUUCUGUUAUGGAAAGAGUCAUAGGACUUGGGAGGUCUCAAAAUAGGUCCUAAAGAGCCUUAAAAUAUCUUGAGGUUAAGAGAUCAUAUGAUAGUCCAAUUCUAAGACAAUUUAGUGAAUUCAUGGAGGUCCUAGGAUCCCAAGGAACCUUAGACCCUAAGUCAAAUUUAGAUAGCUAAAGAGAAACUCAAUUAAAGUUAACUUAAUCUCAUCACAACUUCAGUAAUCAUGACAACUGGAGUUCAGUGAAUGUAGCCUGAGUUAACUGGACUUUAAUUGAAGCUAACCUAACCUAACCUCAACUGAAAUUUAAAUGGAAAUUAUCUUAAUCUAACAUAGAUGAAAGUUGUCGUAAUGUAACCUAGCUGAAAAUUAUCUAAACUUAAAAUUGACCAACGCUAUCUUAACAUCUAAUUGAACCUAACCUAAACCAAAGGGAGCCUAAGCUGCGCGGCUAUAUACACGCGCGUACACAGCGAGAACACAUUAGUAUUUGCGUGCACAAUCUCUAUUUAUCGUAAGGCGAAUAAUCUCGAAACACGCAAACGAGCGACUGUUAGCAAAAAACCCGUUGGUGAUUCAAAAAAUCCACGCAGACACGCGUUCUUCGUGCUGGGACGAUUUUGAUCGCUAUCUGUAUUCACCGAUAUUAUCCUUGCUAGUAAUACUCUCAUAAAUACGUCACGCAAUCACUGUAUCUUUGAAAUUCACAUACACUAUUUGUUUUUGAAAUUAUUGAUCGUCGAAAGCACGUUUCAAGCGUUGUGUCGGCGUGAAAGAAAAUUUGCGCAACAUCAUUGUGUAAGCAGAGUCGUGUAGGUCUUCAGAGAUUCGACUGGCAAAUGCAUAGGGAAAUAAAAAGAGGGUUUUUGUCCCUAGGACACCGUGUAAUAGAGUGUAUAAUGUACGAGGAGAUUUGUACAUUUGUAAACGGACGACAGUCCCUUAACCUGUGCAGCUGGAGCUUCGAUGCAUGUCGCGUGACUUAGCCGCCAUUAUUACCAUUUCUACAUAUCAUUGCGUCGCAAGAAAUAUAAAAGAAAGGCAGGCUGCCGAUGGAACACGAGAGUCCGAUUUAUUUCGGUUCCAUUUUUUCUUUUCUUUUUUUUUUUAACGAAAGGACGAACGUUGACGGGGAAAAACGAGAAUAGAAAAAUGAUAGACCAGAGAGAGAGAGAGUGCGUGUGUGAAACAGAGUGUGAAUGGAAGAUGUAAAAGCGAGAUAAAUCUUGACAUUCGUUUCAGAGUUUUAUGAAUGUUGAUAACGAUGUAAAUUAAGUUUUUAAUCGAUUAACCCCAUUCUUCUUCUUUUUUUUUUGGUAAAUGUACUUCGUUGUUAGACGAAAUUAGCCGAUUUCCUUUCUUCCCUCUAGUCCGUCGAAGAAACGCGUUUAAUUUUUGAUAUUUCAUAUUCGAAAAAGAGAAGUGCGCUCCGACGAGAAGAAAACUUGUCUCUUCUUUUCUUCUUUUUUUUAUAUAAUACUUUAACGAAAAGGUGUUCGCUGAAUUGUCGAUCAUGGAGCUGGAAAUCCGAAGAAGUUACUUUCAAAAUAAUGGUCGUUACAAUUUGUUUAAACGUUCAUGCGAGUUUCAGCGACUUUGGAGAACGGCCAUUAUUUUAACAUGCGAUCGGAAAUGUGAUCGUCAAAGGGAAAGCGAUCGACCAGAGAAUAAAAAAAGAGAAAACUGCGCGGCGCUGCUUCCGACAUUUCAGGCGGACGGAAACGGUGGACUCAGCGGUAGAGAAAACCGGAAGUCCCGGGUCUGGCCGUCGAAGAGAACGAGUUUUCGAGCGCAUGAUAAAACGUGAAACGAUAACGCACGGCUUGAAUAUAGAUUGUUGGUUAUUUGUCGUAAUUAUUCUAUUAAUAAAGAAAUUCAUCGAUUUGAUUUGAUUCAGUCUUUCUCAUCUCUGUCUCGCUUGUGACGUGUGUGUCGCUUGUCGCGCUGGCUACCCGUGUGUGCUUGGAACACUUUUCAGAAACGAAGAUGCGUUAUUGAAAGGAAGAAAAUCAAUGGUCGGACGUCCCCGAUGCAUUGAUUUCAUCGUUAGUUUUGCUUUUAAGGCUUCGGCAUACACGAUACACAUUUACAUUUAUCACAGGGUGUUUCAUAAUACGUGGAAUCCAUUUUUAUUUACUGGACGUGGUCGAGUUUUAACGUUUUGACAAAAUUACUGUACUUGGCAAUUUUCUUCCUUUACACUUUUUAUUCAAAAAUACUUAUCACGACACAUGGCGAUAUAUGUAGAGCCUCACAGAUUUUGAAACGCCCUGUCGAACGAGAAACGAUGUGGCGAGGCACCCGUGUAAAAUACUGAAAAUUUAUAUAUAUAUGUAUAAAUAAUUUGUAUUCAUAUGUAUGUAUUUAUACCCACGAAUGUAUACAUACAUAUAAUUGAAAACGUACGUAUAAAUAUAUAUAUAAAUAUGCAGACUAAUUUUUAAAGAGUUUGUAAAGAGAAGAAGGAUGAGGAAAGAGGAGAAAAAAAAAAUUACUCGUCAUCGUUUCACCGACAUUUUCAUCGCUGUUACCACUGCAACUACUCUUCUUUUUCUUUUUUUAUUUCGUCCUCUUACUUAAUCGCAUCAUGUCGCGCCGUUUCGAAUCAUCUAGUAAAUAAAUUGUAAUAAUUGUGUAAAGAAAGAUUAAUAAAGUAAUUUAAUAUGUAUAUAUAUGCAUAUAUGUAUGUAUGUGUGCGCGAGUGUGUGUAUGUGUGUGUCAUGUGCAAAUGUAUAUAACGUGAAACUCGGGCGGAAGAGCGUUUUCCGAUGUAACCGAUUAGUUUCAUGCGGAGUCGGUUUUAAAGGAUCAAGAAUAUUUCUUAAUCUUUGUAGAAUAGUGCUAAUCUUUUUUUCUUUUCGAAGCCAUUCUCAUGGUGCAGAGCGUGAUGCUCUGAUAGCUUAGUAUAGUCGGGUUUGGAAGUGAAAUUCUGAGAACCACAUUGUAAAGUUCUCAGCUUCUAAUAAAAUCAGAAAUUUAUCUCUUCGUUUGCAGAACAAUUUUCUAAAUAAAAUUUAGUUCAAAUGUAAAUUUGAGUUGUAUUUCUGAACCCAACUAUACUCCUCGUUAGAAAGAAAAGCUACUUCUAAGAUGGACCACUAACUGUUUGUACUAUUUACGAUAGAUACUAGAAUUCUUCCGUUCAGAUUGCACGUUGAACGAUUGCGACAGACUAAAACGAGCAAAGGGAAAAGAAGUAGAAUAAGCGCUGUAUGUUCGUUGUUGUAUGCUUGAGGAAGCUCGCGAUAAUUCUAUAGUUUAUCGUUACGAGGAUUUUUCAUUUUGUAUAUCACGUUUGGUUCUUCGUAUCGUAGAACUAUUAGCGAUGAAUAAUUUAGCAGAUAAUAACGAUUAUGCUACACGUUCGUAUGUAAACACGUUUUGUUGCGAGCAUUUUUGUGGCGCGUAAUUUAAAUGAUAAGAGUGAUUCAUUUAAUACGAAAUUUGUCGAUAAAGA